AUGUCGCACUUCCAUCAGCAGUACUCUCACCCACUGCCCUCCUUUACCGACAGAGGAGCCGUCUCGACCGCGAACCACCAAGGAAUCGUUGCGAUUCCUCGAGAGCCUCGUUCCGGCCUGGCCCCGCCACCGGAUCCCUGGCUACUGUCUGACAGCGAAGGCGAUCUGCCGUGGAUUCGCACCCCCUGGCCAGGCAUCUUCACUCCGCCGUACGGAGCUGCCCAGACCUCUAGGUCGGAGGCGGAGAACACCCAGACGGUCAAGAAUGCUCCUUUAGGUACUGUACCGAAGACCAUCACGUCCCCGGCAGCUGAUGUCGAUGUCUCUGACUGGCAUAUGGACUACGAAAGCGAGACCGAUCACGCCGACACUGUCAGAGGCUUCAAUUCUUCGGGAAGUGAGCUUCUGACGGAGUCCGAUGGCGAGGACCCCAAUUGGAACGCGGCAGAUGACAGCGGAAGAGAAGUCGUCUCUGCCAGGGGUAGGACACGUCGGGAGGACGAUUAUACCCUUGGUCAUGGCGCUGCGGAACCUGGUAUCGGUCCCGACAUCAAGUCCAAGGAUGAAAGCGACACUGACGACUCGCCACUGACGGAACUGUACACGCCGGAUGCCAACGUCGAGGAGACUUGCUCUGUGGUGGAUGGAGGAAAUGGGGGCGCGAGUGACGUUGCCAUGAACGGAGCUCCUGAGACGGGCUAUUCUUCCCCGCUAUCCGACAUCGACGAUACCGACAGAGAGUUCAAGUACGAAAGCGAGAGCGACAUGUCUACCGACAGCGAUCAUAAUCACGUCAACCCGAUCAUCGAGGACACCGAUGACACUCGGCCUGGUCGGUCCGCGACUACUCUUCCUCCUGGGCACGGUGUGGGUAUGUCGGGCUCAAUGGUCAGACGCACAGCCGCGACAGCAAAGGAGGGCUCUGACUUGAACGCUGCAGGACCCACCGAGGCAUGGAAGUACCGCCACGGCCAAUCGCUCGCAAUGCUGGAUGUUCUCAUGGAUCGUGGAAUAAAGCGCACUACAACUGUGAACAGCAUUAAGAUACCCCUCAUCUACCUACGGGAACUGGUGGGUCUCAUGGGCACGGAUACUGAUCCGCAGCGAUACCAAGGUUACGCCAUACACAUGAUACGUUCAAGCGACCGGUCUCGACAUUACUCUCUGUUACCGGAGGCCAGUAUCUCCAAAGACUUCAAGCCGACACGACCGCUACGCCAAAGGGGUCUCAACGAGACAUUGGCCAAUACUCUUGAUGCGAGUCUUUUGCUAUCGGGCGCACCUGACCGAAAGCAGAGGUGGUGGAGCGCCAACGGGAAAGCUACAUGGUCCAAGCUCCCUGGAGCUUCGUCCGCAAAGAGGGCGCCGACCCUUAGCGCCGCGGAAACCCAGAGACGCCAUUAUCGAAAGCUUUUCGAGCUGUGCAAAACCUUGGAUAGACGUGGGGUACGCUGUACGUCCAGCACCAUGUUCAAGGGCACGAAACUGGGCUUCCUGAAAAAUGCGAUGGUCAAGACAGAACCAAAGGACUCGGAGCUGGAGGCAGGAUCUGCCACCGGAUUCGUCAUCGAUGAUCCAGCCAAGGCAGGCGCUGCCUCUCAGGCUGUGCUGCUGGACUGGAGGAGGUCCAAAUCCCAUGGUAGAACAUACUCCCUCCUCACCGCCAGAUGGAUGAGACCGUUUCUGAAAGAAGACGACGGCGGUGCAGAUUCAGCGUGA